GUCAGCGACACAUGUAGAACAAGCAGCUAACGGGACGGACCGAGCAGACCAGACCAAAGAGUGUGGACAGUCAAUUUCCAUCCUCUCUGCCUGCCUCGCUCUGCCCCCACUUCUACCUUCCGCCCCCUUUUUUGCCACAACGCGCACUUCACGCUUUUUGGGGAACGUUAAGGCAUGCGGAGACUUCAUGCUACGUCUUGCUGUGGACUCCUUUCGUUUCAACGCAAAGAGAAAAAAACAGUGAAGCGGUGACAGCAGAGGGGGUAAACAUCCAGUGGAAAUACUAUCUGAAAACUCCAUUUGCUCUUUCUCCGGUCCGCGCGCUGCUGCGUGUGAACAGCCGACUCGGGUCCUCGCGCUGGGUUCCGCUUGUCGCGCGGAGCUCUAGGCCAGCGCGCGCGGUACUGUGUCCGCGUAUUUAUUUAUUUUUUACCAGUACUUGUUUUUGGAAGCAACCUGUUCAACUGCUUCGCCAACUUUACUGCCAUUGCACGUCAGAGACACAAACAAGAGACAAUGGUGAAUCCCGGAGGCAACAGCCAACCGCCAGCAGUGGGAACGGGUUCCCUGUCCUGGAAGCGUUGCGCAGGCUGUGGGGGCAAAAUCGCUGACCGCUUCCUCCUCUACACCAUGGACAGCUACUGGCACAGCCGGUGCCUUAAGUGCUCCUGCUGCCAGGCCCAGCUAGGAGAAAUAGGCACGUCGUGCUACACGAAAAGCGGCAUGAUCCUCUGCAGAAACGACUACAUCAGGUUAUUUGGAAACAGCGGAGCUUGCAGCGCUUGCGGUCAGUCGAUUCCAGCCAGCGAGUUGGUGAUGAGGGCACAGGGCAACGUGUACCAUCUGAAGUGUUUCACAUGUUCCACCUGCCGGAACCGGCUUGUCCCCGGAGACCGGUUCCACUACAUCAACGGCAGCCUCUUCUGCGAGCAUGACAGACCCACAGCACUCAUCAAUGGCCAUUUAAGUUCCCUGCAAACAAACCCACUGCUGCCUGACCAGAAGGUGUGUUAGGUGGGAGCUGUGCAGGAAGCAGGAUUUGUGCCUUCAUUUUAGCCCUUACUCAUUGUCACCUGAGACAGCGUGGAUCAGCAGCACCCCUGCCUUUUAGCUGUGCUCCCAGGCCCUUUCGCCCUGAAGGAAUCCUACCAAUCUUACCAGUAACCUGACUUCUCACCUCUGCAACCCACACCCGACUCCCAGCCUUCAAACCUUGGCUUUUCCCCAAAUCUGGGUGGAUAUUUGCACUUACCACGACUGAGAUGAGACGCUUGGGAUGCUCUGGAGUUUUAAGACUGAUCAUAAUCAGAAGGGACUCACCAUGAUGAGAAAAUUAAAGCAACUCAUUGAGACGAUGUUGUGACUGAGCAAUGACAAAAGAGACCAAUAAGGUUUAGGAGUUGCAGACUUUUCAACGCUGCACAUUUGUUUUAAGACAAUUUGGGGGAAAAACGGGAACGUUUUCUUUUUUCUUCUCUUCCUUUUCUAUCCUCAUUUCCCAGAAACUUGGUGAUUUCACUUUCUAUAUUUUAAGUGUUGUCAAAGGGGGAAUAUGUUCUCUUCCUGUUUUUGAUUCAUAUAUAUAUACACAUAUAUAUGAAUAGGGUUUAAAAAAAUAUCUGUGGCAUUUUGUGGAAAACAAAUCCUGAACACAGUUGCUGUAUUUGUAAAACUACCAUGUAUGUACAGUAUGCAUGUAAAUGUUGUCCAGACGUGGCUACAGUACAUCUGACCCCUUUGCAUCCAGCUCCUUCCCUUCGAACCAUGGCAACCUGAAGAAAUCUGCUCAUAGUCAGUAAUGUAGAUAUCAUUCCCAACAUAUAAAUGCUGAAUGAAAGAGAAAUUUAUUUGUGAUAUUUUCCGAGACAUUUGCUCCCGUAUGGUGUAUUUAAUUAAUAAAAGUAUUGGAAGAUUUUAAA